GAGGAGGAGGAGGAGGAAGGCGGGCGGCCGUGGCGAGCCCGGAGCGUUCGCCCCGGGUACUGCACCCUCCCACCUGCCCCGGAGCUGCCUCGGCAUGAGCUGGCGAUUUAAUUACUAUUCUAAUUUUGAUGGGGAAUUACGGUGCUCCGCGGAGCAGGGAGAUCAGUGAUUCCUCGCCCUUUGGGAAUAGAAAUAUACAUCUCAUGAGGAGGCAGCUGGCAAAGAAAAGCCAAGUAAAUCCGUGUGUUGAUGACGAUUAAUCAGUUAUUUUCCUCUGAGUCAACAGAUGUGAGAUCCCGCCGUGGAGCCCCUUGGGGCAGGUCAGAUCGCCCUCGGCCCAGAGAGCCGAGCUCUGCUGCCAUUUUCUGACAGCCCAAGCCCGAGGGGAAUUGCAGGGACCAGCUCCCUGUCACACCCGCAGGCUGUGAGGAGUGUGGCAUCCAGGUCUUGCUCACCUACCCUUGGGUACUUGAGGUGGCACAGGACUGUUAGUGGCUUUUCAUGGAUGUGCUCUGUUGUCUCAGACUUUCACCCUUUUAUCUGCUUCCCUGCAGGCAGUGGUGACUGGAAUCCUUCAGGUGUGCCAACACACCAGCAGCAGGAGAACGCUCCACUGAGCAGGAGGAUUUUUUUCGUACCUAAAGCUUUUAGUAGGGUGAGGUAUAAUUUCUCCAUUUUCCCUUGUAGCCUGCAGGAAGGCACAGGUCUGGGUCUGCCUUGUUUUUCUGCUGUGAGAUGCCAAUUGCCUAAGGAUGGGGAGUAGGAGAAAAAUCCCAUAACGUGCUCGGCGGUGAUUGAAGUGCAGGAUUAUGUGCAUUUUGUGAGGACGUUUUUAAUGAAAAAGGAGAUUGUAAUAUAGUUUUAAUGCCUCUUGCAUUACUUGUUUUUCUUCCUUCAGUAUUUGAAGCUAAGGGAUUUUUCAAAUCUCCCCAAGUAUUUUUUAAUAGUGUUUUGCUGUAAUUAUGUGAAGACAUGAUUUGUCAUUCUAUAAUUGUCAGGGUCCUGAAAUAGAAAUUAAAUAUAUCCUGAUACUAUCAGAAAAAACUGAUUUUAUAAGAAUAUUUCCAUUAAAUACCAACAGAAUAAGAUAAUUCUAAAAUUCUGCUAUUUUGUUCCUUGUUUUCCCAGCCUCUAUAUACAUAAGAUUCUUGCAAGCAAAUUAAUAUCCAUUUAGAAGCUGAAAAAAGGCUUUUUGCAGAUAUUUAGCCGAAGUUAUCCAAACCUCUGUUAGACGUAGCCCACCUUAUAGUUCACAGAUUUUGUUAACAAGGAUGAGCAAGUAAAUGUAUGCACACAUUUUGAUGUGGUCGUCUGCAAAACUUUUGAUCAUCCAUAGCUAGAACACCAAAAGUAAGCUCACAAUUUAAGCAGAAGCAACUUAACCCAUUUACAAAACCACAAAAGUGAUGCAGUAGUUUGGUUAUAAGAUUGUAUUUCUAAGGAACUACUUUGUAUUCACUGUUCUUGCAUUCAUAAAAUUUAAGGAGGUCACACUUUGCUUAUUUAACCAUGCUAUCACAAAGUGCCUAUUCCAGUUCUAGGCCUUGCUUAUAGGAAGUCACAUAGAGAAGGCAGUGAAGCUGUGGUGGAGUACAGACAUCACAAGUUAACCAUGAGAAAACAUGAAAUGAGCUCUCUGUAUAAGGGUUUGCGUAAUAAAAGUCUCAGAUUUUUAUUACCCUUCUUUUGUUCUCUCCAUGCAAGCAUACUCCUUACAGGCAUUACCUGCACGUCUUCAGCAUUUAUUGGUCGUUUUGAACCUCAGCAAGAACUUGAAAACAAAUACAGCUUUAACAGUAUGCUCUCAAGAUAAAUCACUAAGGAGCUGUAGCCUUCUCAGCACUGUUUUGAGGGUUUUCUGUCAUAUCAAGAUGGGGAGGCUGAGCCGUUGCAUUGCCUUUCCAUUACCCAUUCUGUCUGCAACUAUGCUGACUUUUGUUAUAAAAAUGCAGACUAUCUUUCACUUUCUUACCAGAAUAAAUUCCACUAGUGAUAAUUCAUUUCAAAUGUUCCCACAUCCAAAACUCAUCUCUGACCCAAGAUUCUCACAAAGGAAUGAGAUCUCUUUUCCUAAUACCCGUGAAGUCCUUUCUAGUCAAACUGGUUCAUGGGAGUGUAAAGCCAUGGAUUUUCUCCUUUUGGGCUAGUAGGUCAGAUAAUAAAAGAGUUGGAAGCAGAAUCCAAAUUUGAAUCCAUAUCUGAUGUCAUACUAACAAGUUUCUAUAGUUCAAGGACUUCUUAAAAGCCCUUUUACAGACAUUUACUCAUUUAUUGCCCCCCCAAGACUGUCUCUGUUUGCAUUUCCCAGUAGCGAUCAAUACUUUACUGCGUGCUCUUUCGUGAUGAAGGCCAUGGAGGAUCAAGUAGUCCAAGAAGAACCAGGAUACCAGGAUGAUGAGGAAUCCUUUUUUCAGGAUAUUGACCUGCUGCAGAAGCAUGGAAUUAACGUAGCAGAUAUUAAAAAGCUGAAGGCAGUUGGGAUUUGCACAAUCAAAGGAAUCCAGAUGACCACAAGAAGGGCGCUGUGCAAUGUGAAGGGGCUCUCAGAGGCCAAAGUGGACAAGAUUAAAGAAGCUGCAAACAAGCUUGUUGAACCAGGUUUCCUCACUGCCUUUGAGUACAGUGAAAAACGGAAGAUGGUAUUUCAUAUUUCCACUGGCAGCCAGGAAUUUGAUAAACUUCUGGGUGGUGGGAUUGAAAGCAUGGCAAUUACUGAGGCCUUUGGAGAGUUCCGGACAGGCAAAACCCAGCUAUCUCACACUCUUUGUGUGACAGCUCAGCUCCCAGGACCAAAUGGCUACACAGGUGGAAAGAUUAUCUUCAUUGAUACCGAGAACACUUUCCGGCCAGACCGCCUGCGUGACAUUGCUGAUCGCUUCAAUGUUGACCAUGAGGCAGUGCUUGACAACGUGCUGUAUGCACGUGCAUAUACCAGUGAACAUCAGAUGGAAUUGCUUGACUAUGUAGCAGCCAAGUUCCAUGAGGAAGCUGGUAUCUUCAAGUUAUUGAUCAUUGACUCCAUAAUGGCACUUUUCCGUGUGGAUUUCAGUGGUCGCGGAGAGUUGGCCGAACGACAACAGAAACUAGCUCAGAUGUUGUCAAGGCUCCAAAAAAUAUCAGAAGAAUAUAAUGUGGCUGUGUUUGUGACCAACCAGAUGACUGCUGACCCAGGAGCAACUAUGACCUUUCAGGCAGACCCGAAAAAGCCCAUUGGGGGCCACAUCCUUGCUCAUGCUUCGACUACCAGGAUCAGUUUGAGGAAAGGGAGAGGGGAGCUGCGGAUUGCAAAGAUCUACGACAGCCCUGAGAUGCCUGAAAACGAAGCCACAUUUGCAAUAACUGCCGGAGGGAUUGGGGAUGCCAAAGAAUAGGUAAAAAAAUGAUGUAAAUGUACAGCUAAAAACCAGCUGAGUAGUUGGGAUGAAGAUCUGUGCAAGGUCGACGACUACCUGGCUGCAUUUGUAGCUUUUGGGAACUAUUUAAGAUAUUUUGGGAGAACACUGGGAUGAACUUUGUACAGUUCAGUUUUCCUGAACUAGAAUUUGUUUCAUUUAGGAUCUUCGUUUUUCAAUUGAACUUUUAGCACACAAAGAUAUAAGCAGUAAGAUUUUGAAUUGUUCUUAGAAUCCUUUUUCUAUGUUUUGUGAAAAUCAAACCUGUCCUUUCACAUGAGAGUGAAUAUACUCUUUCUUAAUUUAUUUCAAAGAGAGUGUCUAAGUGGUAGAAUUUAACAGUGUGAAAUGCAACAGAAUUGGAAUAACUCAGUUAUAAAAUCGACAUAUAUAGAUGGAAAAGGCAGUGGGAGGAACAACAGCUCAAGAACUUGAUGGGUUUUCAUGUACUGUAGAGGAACAAAUACAUUUUUAAGCCAUUUUAUCUCGCCUAGAUGUUUAUGUUUUUAUUUAGCAUUUUCUACUUUUUGGACAGAAUGUUUUAAACCUGUUCUGAUUAAAGUUAAAAAUAAAGACUAUGAAUUAGAA